UGGGAAGCUCGCGGGCGUGAAGCGAGAUAUCGCCUUCCUCAGAGACGAGCUGAGCAGCAUGAACACCGCGCUGGAGGCGGUGUCUUCGGCGGAGGAGGUUAGCCCAAAGACCAAGAACUGGAUGGGUCAGCUUCGGGAGCUAUCCUACGAUGCUGAGGAUUGCAUCGAAAUUUUCAUGCAAAACCUCGACAACCAAGACUCCUAUGGGACUAUGUGGAAGGCCUUUCAUGGUCUCAUAACCCUGUGGAAACGUCACAGUAUAGCCGACGAGAUCGCUGUGUUGAAGCAACGGGCUGAAGAAAUUCACAGUAGGAGCAAGAGGUUUGAGUUCAAUAUGACGUCCCCCUCCACUUCCACUUCCACUACUAACGCCAUGUCUAUCGACCCGAGGCUGCCUGCGCUUUUUGAAGAGGCGGAUAGACUCGUCGGUGUGGAGGCCUCGAAGGAUGAAAUAGUGAAGUGGCUCACUCAAGACAUCAAAGUGGAAGGUCAUUUCUGUUGCUGGAUCUGGUGGUCUUGGUAA